AAAGCAUCGUCAAAAUGGGUGGUGAUCUCAAUUUGAAGAAGAGCUGGAAUCCGGUUCUGCUAAAGAACCAGGAGCGAGUAUGGGUGGAACAGAAGAAAGCGCUCGAAGAGCGCAAACGCAUUGACCAAAUGAUGAGAGAGCGGGCAGAAGAGCGACAGAUACAAGAAUUAGAAGAGAUGCAAGAAGCUGCGGGUGGGAAGAAGCGAUUGAAUCGGGUUGACUGGAUGUACUCUGGCCCCGCUGCUGGUCAGGCCGGGACAACAGAGGAGAUGGAGGGCUAUUUGCUUGGAAAGCGCCGGAUCGAUGGUUUGAUUAAAGGGAACGACAACUCGAAGCUGGAGAAGUCAUCCGGAGAGAGCUCCUUUAUGGCUGUGCAGAAUGCAAAUAACGCGAAGGAUAUCGCUGCAAAGAUUCGGGAGGAUCCUAUGCUGGCUAUCAAAAAGCAGGAACAGGCAGCAUACGAAGCUAUGAUGAAUGACCCCACGCGACGGCGGGAGCUACUAAAGGCUGCAGGAAUUGAGUCGCGCGAAAAGAGAAGUUCCGAUAGGGACCGAAAGAAUAGAAGGCAUCGUCAUCGAGAUGAUGAAGAUCGUCAUUCGAGGCACCGAUCGAGAAGAUACGAUGAAGAUGACCGCCGUGGCAGGCAUCGCCACCGACACCGGCACGUGGAAAGCCGCUCGCGAUCUAGAUCCAGAAGCGUCAGACCUCUGGGUAGGUCUCACCGAUCUCCGUCUCCUUAUCGAAAGCGUCGAUCAUAUUCCCCACGGGCUCAAGAGACCCGGUCCUACUAUAGAUCAAGGGAUGGGCCAUCCUAUCCAAAUAGGGAAAACCACUACGAUUCCCGACGACCUUCUCCUCCAAGACGACGGGAAGGCACAGGUGAAAGACAUCGUCAAUUUACAAAUGAUGAAGACAGAGCAGCUCGGCUGGCUGCCAUGCAACAAAAUGCGGAAGAGCUUGAUCACGCACGAGCUUCACGCCUGAGCGCUGCUGAAGCACGUGAAAAUGCGCAGCGUGAAGCGGAGGAGGCUGCUCGGGCAGAAUCCAGUAAAUACGGCGGAAAGGGAGCAUUUGUCAACGGACUCAACCGUCGCGCUGGAGAUAUUGAUCUGGCGGAUAGACUGCGCCGGGGAAGACGAGAUAUAGAGAAAGAACAGGAGGCAUAUUAAUGUGGGAUUUUAUUAUUAAUGACGGUGUCUUAAGGUCGGAGUGUUAUUCAUGUGGUGGCAUCUCGGAAAUGUGGUGUUAGGGGCGUUUUCGGCUUCUGGGUAACUGCAUCUAAUAUCCCGUCGUCUGAGUUUCAUUUUUACCAAGAGGAUGUACU